AUGGUGAAGCGAGGAACUCAUGUCCUCACCGACGGAAAGGAUGAGGAGUUUAUCUCCCGCGGAAUCUACAAAGCCUACACCGAAGGCUACUUGCGCUACUCGCAGGUGGCACCGCUCAGCAUGUUCGAGGAAGCAAACACAAAAACCAAUUUGCCAGCGCAGAUUGACAUGAUGAGCCAGCACGGCAGCUCCUAUGACGUGUUUUACAUCGCGAAAGGAGGUGGCAGCGCAAACAAAACCCAGCUUCUGCAGAAGACCAAAGGUGUUCUCAAUGACAAGGCAUUUACCGAGUUCGUGACGGAACAGGUGCAAAACAUCGGCACAGCGGCCUGCCCUCCGUAUCACCUGGCACUGGUCGUCGGUGGCCUUUCAGCGGAGCAGAACCUGAAGACGGUGAAGCUUGCCAGCUGCAAGUAUCUGGAUGGGCUCCCCACUUCCGGAAACAAGCUUGGCCGUGCCUUCCGUGAUUUGGAGUGGGAGGAGAAGGUGAAAAAACUGGCUCAGGACCUUGGAAUCGGCGCCCAGUUUGGGGGCAAGUACUUCCUACAUGACGUCCGCAUCGUGAGGCUGCCACGUCACGGUGCCUCUUGCCCCAUUGGCAUCGGCGUCUCCUGCUCUGCAGACCGUCAGGCCAAGGCGAAAAUCACAGAAGAAGGCAUUUUCCUGGAGCAGCUGGAGACAGAGCCUGCAAAGUAUCUGCCCGAUGUCAAAGAGCAGUCGCUGGACAAAGGAGGUGAGAUCGUCAAGGUCGAUCUCAACAAGCCAAUGGAGGAGAACUUGAAGAUCUUGAGCAACUACCCGGUGGCCACCAGACUCGCCCUGACAGGAACCAUCAUCGUUGCGCGCGACAUCGCGCACGCGAAGAUGCAGGAGAUGCUGGACUCAGGGAAGGGCCUGCCUGAGUACAUCAAGAAGUAUCCGGUGUACUAUGCCGGCCCCGCCAAGACUCCUGCGGGCAUGCCUUCCGGAUCUUUCGGGCCAACGACCUCAGGCAGAAUGGACCAGUAUGUGGGCACGUUCCAGGCGCAGGGUGGCUCAAUGAUCAUGAUCGGGAAGGGCAACCGCUCCAAAGCGGUGACCAACGCUUGCAAGGAGCACGGAGGCUUCUACCUGGGCUCCAUUGGCGGAGUGGCCGCGACUCUCAGCUCCAACAGCAUCAAGAAGGUGGAAGUGCUGGAUAUGGAGGAGCUGGGCAUGGAGGCCGUAUGGAAGAUUGAGGUCGAAGACUUUCCAGCCUUCGUCGUUGUGGACAACAAGGGCAACGACUUCUUCAAGCAAUGGUCAAAGGAGGCCGCGAAGGAGCCCGAGGCAGACUCUUUCUUCGACGAAACAAAAGAAUUCUUCUUCGGCAUGGACAAAAACAAGGAUGGCAAGCUCGGGGUGCAAGACCUGAUGCGCGGCUUCAGCAUCGAUGAGGGGAAGGCGAAGCAGCUGGUUGAGCAGUUUGACGUGGACAGGGACGGUUGGAUAGAUGUCAAAGAGUUCGAGCUCAUGCUGUUCAAGAGCGAGGAGUUGAAAAAGCAAAUGCAUGCUUAA